AUGAAUAAAGAUGAGAGAAACUAUUACACUACAAAAGUUUCCUCCAAAUUUAUCACAACUCUCGGUGGACAGGUCUUUCUUUAUGAAUGGAGAAGAAAGGAGUGGCUGAUUUGUAACCCUGUCACUGGGGAGUCCACUACCAUAACCUUACCAGAAGUGGAAGCUAAGGAUACUAGAAGAAGUUGCUAUGUUGGCUAUGAUCCAAUCAACAAACAAUUCAAAGUCUUGUGUACGACUUGGUCAUAUAAUGGAGAACCUACUACUACUCAUCGGGUUUUGACAUUGGGAAGUACUGGAAAACCUUUGUGGAGAUCGAUUGAAUGCAAUAUCAAUAUUUCUAUGCAUAAGGGAGCCCAUUACGUAGCUGGUGACAUAUGCAUAAAUGGUGUUGUGUAUUGCGGAGACCAUUACGUUGAAGGAUCUUGUAUGAUGGUUUGCUUUGACUUUUGCUCUGAGAAAUUCAGCUUUAUUGAGAUAGAUGAAGGAGUGCUACAUGGGACUCUGGUCAACUACAAAGGUAGCUUAGGGGUAUUAGGAAAAGAUGAGUAUCAACUUGAGUUGUGGGUUCUUGAAGAAGAUGCUGGAAACCAUAAAUGGUCCAAGAGUCUAUGCGUACGGUCUCGCAUAAGCUUAUUCCAGAGGAUCGGGAACUAUUUUCACAUUCUUGGAAUGACUGGUGCUGGUGAAAUUGUGUUUACAACGUACCGUCAAUCAAACCGUUUCUACAUUGUCUACUACAAUAUCGAGAGAAACACUUCUACAAGAGUCAAUAUUCAGGGAUUCCAACAGUUUAAGGAUCAUCCAUAUAUCACUAGUCCUCACACCUUUCUAGACUAUGUAGAGAAUAUCAAGCUUUUGUAA